AUGGCACCCAAGCAGGCCCCUUCUGCCGAGCUCGACUCGGCCGUGCUCGCCUACCUCGUCUCCCGCGGACUAACCAAGACGGUCAAGGCGUUCGAGAAGGAUGUGGUCGGUGUAAAGCCCGGACAGGCGGGAGCGCUGCAGAAGGCUUGGGCGAGUACCUCUACUGCGUCCAAGGAGGAUGUCGACAUGGCUUCCGGAAGCGACUCUAGUAGCUCGAGCUCGAGCGACUCGGAUUCGUCCUCGUCAGACUCGUCGGAUGAUGAAGAGGAAGUGUCAAAAGUACUCGCUCCGGCUGCCGCGUCCACGCUUGCAUCGAGUAAGGCUGCCCCUACCGCUGUUGUGAAGCCCGCGAAGCCAGCAUCGUCAAGCUCCUCCUCGUCAUCUUCGUCUUCUUCUUCAUCCUCCUCAUCUUCCUCCGACUCGGAGUCGGACGAUGAUGCCAAAGCCCCCGUACCUGCUUCGGCCACCAGCACCCAGUCAUCCAUAACCGUCGGUCGACGAUCGCCACCCGCCAAGAAGGCUGCAGCGGUGCAAGCGAAGAAGGCAGUUUCGGCCAAGGCUUCCUCGUCUUCAUCAUCUUCCUCUUCCUCUUCUUCAUCGUCCUCGUCUAGCUCGGACUCGGACUCUUCGGAUGAGGAAGAAGCCCCCGUCGCUAGGCCUGGGAUUGGCGCUGCCGUGUCCAAGGGGAAGGCGAAGGCUGUGGAGGCUGUCAAGGCGGUCGUGGAGGGUGCAAAUAAGGCGGUGGAUGGUGCUGAAGCAGAUUCCGAAUCUAGCGACAGCAGCGACUCUUCAUCUUCCUCUUCUUCCGACUCUGAGUCUGACGAAGAGCCUGCGCCGAAGAAGAUCGCCCCCGCCGCGGCGUUGCCGGCCCCCACGCCCGCCAAGCCCGUCGCUGGCCAGAAACGGAAGGCUCCCUCUCCAUCCGACUCUGAUUCUGACUCAUCAUCAUCCUCUUCUUCCUCGUCCUCUUCUUCGUCCUCCUCCUCUGCCGCUUCUACCAAGAAGAGGAGCAAGGCCGCCCCGACCACUGCCCCUGCCCCCGCCGAGACUCCCACAAUCACCAUCACCCAGACUAUCACCCUUCCGGACGGGAGCGCCUCGACUGUUACGACCAAGGGGAAGGCAGACGAGGCUGCCCGGCCGAUCAAGCGGCUCCCGAACCAGCGAUUCGAGCGGAUCAAGCCCCAGAAUGUGACUUUCCACCAUGAUGGGUUGAAGGACAACUCGUUCCAGGCUAGGGAAUGGAGCGGAGCGUCCGCGAAUGAUUAUGGAGCCAAGGCGUCGAGGGACUUGAUUGUGACGCGAGGUGCGGGUUUCAGGAAGGAGAAGAACAAGAAGAAGAAGGGGAGUUACGCAGGCGGAGAAAUCACGCUCCAGACCCACAGCAUCAAGUUUGACGACUAG